AUGGAGGGUAAUCGUUUCGAAGGUACCAUUCCACCAUCUUUCAAACAAUUAAGAGGCAUUCAAGAACUAGAUCUUUCAAAUAGUAAUUUGUCUGGCAAGAUUCCAAUUUUUCUAGGCGAGUUCUUUUGGCUUCAAUAUCUCAACCUUUCCUACAAUAAGUUUGUGGGUGAAGUUCCAAGCAAAGGAGUGUUUAGCAAUAUUAGUGCAUUCUCAAUUGCGGGAAAUAACAAGCUUUGUGGAGGAAAUAAAGCAUUGCAAUUGCCUGCAUGUCCCACAAAAAUUUCAAAGAAACAAGGAAAGCAUUUCCUUGUGAUUGUUGAAGAAUCUAAGCCUCUCAUCAUUUCUAGAAAAUUCAAGUUUUCGUCAAAGAUCUUCGAAUUUUCCAACAACAUUCUUGAACCCUUUCAUACAGGGUUGAAAGAGAAAAUUGCUUCAACCUUGUCACUUGUAAACCAACAUCCAAAUAUUUCUUAUGCAGAACUUCUUCAGGCAACUGAAGGAUUCUCCUCAAGAAAUUUGAUCGGCAAGGGAAGCUACGGUUCUGUGCACAAAGGGAUUCUCAAUUGUGAAACUAUAAGAGCAAUUGCUGUCAAGGUACUCAAUCUUCAAGUAAGGGGAGCCAGCAAGAGUUUCUUGGCAGUAUGUGAAGCAUUGAGGAACAUCCAACAUCGAAAUCUCGUUAAGAUAAUUACUGCUUGCUCAAGCAUAGACUUCGAAGGCAAUGAGUUCAAGGCUUUGGUCUUUGAAUUCAUAUCCAAUGGGAGUCUUGAGAGCUGGUUACAUUCGAGUCCACUGAACCAGGAGGGCUCCAAGAACUUGAAUCUUGUUCAAAGGCUCAAUAUUGCUAUUGAUGUAGCCUCUGCAUUGGAUUAUCUUCACAACCAUUGUGAAACACCUAUCAUUCAUUGCAACUUGAAACCGAGCAAUGUUCUUCUUGAUGAUGAUCUCUCCACCCGAGUAAGUGAUUUUGGUUGGCAAGAAUUUGUCUAA